AUGGCGUCGUUUUUGUCUCUCCCUGCCGUUUCCCCUCGUCUCAUUCCCACCGCUUUCUCUCUCAAUCGACCUUUAAUCAACACUAUACCCAAUUUGCAUUUCAAAAACCACCGGUUUGCAGUUAGCUGCAGUUAUUCAGGUGGUGGUGGUUUUGAAUCUUCGACAUCAACUAUAGAUGUUGUGGCUGAUGUUAAAAGUGAAAAGAUUGUAGUAUUGGGAGGCAAUGGGUUUGUUGGUUCUGCCAUAUGCAAGGCAGCAGUUUCCAACGGCAUAGAAGUCAUAAGCGUAAACAGGUCAGGACGUCCUUCUUACUCGGAUUCUUGGAUAGAUCAGGUUACUUGGAUUUCAGGAGAUGUUUUUUAUGUAAACUGGGACGAAGUACUUCCUGGAGCUACUGCAGUCGUCUCAACACUUGGAGGUUUUGGUAGUGACGAACAAAUGAGUAAGAUUAAUGGCGAGGCUAAUGUUCUGGCUGUGAAUACUGCAAAGGAAUAUGGAAUUCCCAAAUUCAUAUUGAUCUCAGUUCAUGACUAUAACUUGCCAUCGUUUUUACUAUCAUCGGGGUACUUCAUAGGGAAGAGGAAAGCAGAAUCUGAGGUUCUAUCCAAAUUCCCUAAUUCAGGUGUUGUGUUAAGACCAGGUUUCAUAUACGGGAAAAGGAAAGUGGACGGUUUCGAGAUUCCUUUGGAUUUAGUAGGGGAGCCAGCUGAAAGAAUUCUGAAAGCAAUAGAGAACUUCACAAAACCAUUAAGCUCACUUCCGGCUUCUGAUCUGCUUUUGGCUCCACCAGUUAGUGUUGACGAUGUCGCGUUGGCAGUUAUCAACGGUGUUACAGAUGAUGAUUUCUUUGGUGUUUUUACAAUUGAGCAGAUCAAGGAAGCUGCACAGAAAGUAAGGGUAUGA